GAAUUUCUUGUCAUUGUUCGUUUUGCUAGAAUCAAUUCCUAACUGGAGAUUUCAGCAGGCGCUUUCACGACUCGGAGACUAUGUCUUUGGGUAUGCUGGCACCACUGACGGGUUUCUGUGAGUCUUCUCUUGCUUUGAGAGGAUGUUAAUAUCUGGUUGCGAUUUUGGCUCUACACAUCUCGGUGCAGAAGGUCUCGUGGUAUUACGCCUUCGAACACAUUGGCUCCUCUAACAAAUUCCGUCCAAGCCUCUUGUUUAGAAGCAUGUUGACGUCUGGAGCUCCUAGCUCUACACAUGUAGGUGCGUGGUCUCUCCUUUUCUCUUUCCAAGUGCUCACUCUGCCGCUCGAAUAUGCCAAUUCUACCCGGCAGGAAAAUAUGACCACGAAAGACGAUCUGAUCUCCACCAUUUCCAGCGAAGCCCACCAUUUGUCAACGAGCAUGUUCUCGGCCACGGACAAUGUUUUUACGCAAACACUUUCCCACAAGCUCUCAAUUCUUGGAAGUAUUGUUGUGCGUAACGUUUCAUCACUGACUUUGUCCGUUCGACAGCGUGCAAGUCAUUAGAAAAGAGUUUGUGUGUGUAACGCGACGAAACAGCAGCCUUACCGUUUUCGGAAGCAUCACCUUAUACAGCAAACGAGUAUCCCUCAACGACGGGAGCAGACAUUUCCAUCGAACCACAGCAUCGGUAGCCUUGAGUUAGUCAAUGAUCAGCAAUUCUAAGGCUCCAGAGUUUCGAGAUACCAACCCUUCUUUUCUCAACUUUUCUAGCGCCC